CAGACGUUAACACAGUAGCCUACAUGUGGGGCCAAUACGGGUAGAAUAAGCCUUUUGAUAAAGGCUGCUGCGUCUACAUGGAGGUAAACCAUGGGAUUUGUUCUUAAACUUGGAAUUCUGUUCAGCUGUCUCCCCUUAUCAGCCGCCGCUGCACUACCGUAUACGUUUGCUAAUGAUUUGCUAGCCCAGAUAACAAAGGUGUGCCAAACUGGCUUUGAUUGCUGGUCAGAUUCCAUCAGGCAAACAAAACUCAAAGAUUCACCUGAUUGCAGAGACGGACAUCCCGGUUCCAGAAAGUAAAAGUCCUCCCAUGUAUUAUGUCUACCUGUGCACACAACACAGGUGAUAUCACUAAUAUCUGAGCUACCUGUGCACACAACACAGAGCUCCACACCCUGCAGUACUUCUACACCGCUACAUCUGGAGUCCCAGUCCUUCCACCGUUUAUACGUGUUGGGGUGGUGGAUGGUGUGGAAAUCAGUUGCUAUGACAGCAAUCGAAAAAGGAAUGUUCCCAAGCAGAUGUGGAUGAAGCAGCUGGAUCAGCAGUACUGGGAUUCAGAGACAGAACUGUCUAAGAUGUAUGAGCGGAUCUUCAGGGUGGACUUAAACAUUUUACGGAGACGCUUUAAUCAUUCUGAAGGAGUGCAUGUCUUGCAGAGGACGUAUGGCUGUGAGUGGGAUGAUAAAACUGGAGCCACUGAUGGUCAUGAACAUUGUGGUUAUGAUGGAGAGGACUUCCUCUCACUAGACCUGAAGAGCAUGGCAUGGAUCGCAGCAGUGCCACAGGCACUCCCAAGCAAACUAAAGUGGGACAACACAGAACGUUUUGUAAACAGGGACGUUUAUUUCAAGGAGACGUGUGUUGAUUGGCUGAAGAGAUAUGUUGACUAUGGGAGCAGCACUCUGGGGAGGAAAGUGCCCCCAGAUGUCUCUGUGUUCCAGAGGGACUCUUCCGCAGUGUGCCAUGCUACAGGUUUCUACCCUGAGGGAGUGAUGAUCACCUGGAAGAGAGAUGGAGUGGAGAUGCAGGAGGAUGUGGAUGUGGGGGAGACGCUGCCCAAUGAGGAUGGAACCUUCCAGAAGAGAGCUGUGCUCACCAUGUCACCUGAGAGGAGGAAGGACGGCCAGUACACCUGUGAGGUGGCACACGAGAGUGGACACGUGGUCAAGACCCUAAGUGAGGAAGAUGGCAUGGCACACAAUAUGGGUAUGUACUGUACCAGUGAGGAAGAUGGCAUGGCACACAAUAUGGGUAUGUACUGUACCAGUGAGGAAGAUGGCAUGACACACAAUAUGGGUAUGUACCAGUGAGGAAGAUGGCAUGGCACACAAUAUGGGUAUGUACCAGUGAGGGAGAUGGCAUGGCACACAAUAUGGGUAUGUACCAGUGAGGAAGAUGGCAUGGCACACAAU